AUGGGACAAAGACCAGGGCAAAGGGACAAAGACCAGGGCAAAGAGACAAAGACCAGGGCAAAGGGACAAAGACCAGGGCAAAGAGACAAAGACCAGGGCAAAGGGACAAAGACCAGGGCAAAGGGACAAAGACCAGGGCAAAAGGACAAAGACCAGGGCAAAGGGACAAAAACCAGGGCAAAGGGACAAAGACCAGGGCAAAGGGUCAAAGACCAGGGCAAAGGGACAAAGACCAGGGCAAAGGGACAAAGACCAGGGCAAAAGGACAAAGACCAGGGCAAAGGGACAAAGACCAGGGCAAAGGGUCAAAGACGAGGGCAAAGGGACAAAGACCAGGGCAAAGGGACAAAUACCAGGGCAAAGGGACAAAGACCAGGGCAAAGGGACAAAGACCAGGGCAAAGGGACAAAGACCAGGGCAAAGGGUCAAAGACCAGGGCAAAGGGACAAAGACCAGGGCAAAGGGACAAAGACCAGGGCAAAGGGACAAAGACCAGGGCAAAGGGUCAAAGACCAGGGCAAAGGGACAAAGACCAGGGCAAAGGGACAAAGACCAGGGCAAAGGGACAAAGACCAGGGCAAAGAAUCAAAGACGAGGGCAAAGGGACAAAGACCAGGGCAAAAGGACAAAGACCAGGGCAAAGAAUCAAAGACGAGGGCAAAGGGACAAAGACCAGGGCAAAAGGACAAAGACGAGGGCAAAGGGACAAAAACCAGGGGAAAGGGACAAAGACCAGGGCAAAGGGUCAAAGACGAGGGCAAAGGGACAAAGACAGGGCAAAAGGACAAAGACGAGGGCAAAGGGACAAAAACCAGGGGAAAGGGACAAAGACCAGGGCAAAGGGUCAAAGACCAGGGCAAAGGGACAAAGACGAGGGCAAAGGGACAAAGACGAGGGCAAAAGGACAAAGACCAGGGCAAAGGGACAAAGACCAGGGCAAAGGGUCAAAGACGAGGGCAAAGGGACAAAGACCAGGGCAAAGGGACAAAGACCAGGGCAAAGGGACAAAGACCAGGGCAAAGGGACAAAGACCAGGGCAAAGGGUCAAAGACCAGGGCAAAGGGACAAAGACCAGGGCAAAGGGACAAAGACCAGGGCAAAAGUACAAAGACCAGGGCAAAGGGACAAAGACCAGGGCAAAGGGUCAAAGACGAGGGCAAAGGGACAAAGACCAGGGCAAAGGGACAAAGACCAGGGCAAAGGGACAAAGACCAGGGCAAAGGGACAAAGACCAGGGCAAAGGGUCAAAGACGAGGGCAAAGGGACAAAGACCAGGGCAAAGGGACAAAGACCAGGGCAAAGGGACAAAGACCAGGGCAAAGGGUCAAAGACCAGAGCAAAGGGACAAAGACCAGGGCAAAGGGACAAAGACCAGGGCAAAGGGACAAAGACCAGGGCAAAGAAUCAAAGACGAGGGCAAAGGGACAUAGACCAGGGCAAAGGGACAAAGACCAGGGCAAAGGGACAAAGACCCUCAUUCCUUGUGGGAUUACCUAG